AUGGAGUACGAGGUGACGUGGGGCGAUGGCCCGCUGGGCCUAACGCUGCGCCCCGACCUGGGGGAGGACAUGCCGCCCGUGGUGGGCCGCAUCACGCGCCAGGACUCGGCCGCCGCGCUGGCCAAGGUGGCGGUGGGCCACAUGCUCGUGAGCAUCAACGGCAUGGACACGGCCCGUCAGGGCUACGACCACGUGGUGCAGACGCUGCAGACCAUCCCGCGGCCGGCAACGCUGCGCUUCCGCGUGCCGCGCGCCUUCAGCGGCACCCCCAGCAGCGCCUACACGCGCGACCCGUCGCGCAGCUCCUCGCGCCGCAGCCGCGGCUCCACGGGCACCGCGUGGUCCGAGUCCGGCAAAUCCCCCUCCAGCGCCAGCUCGACGACGCGCCGUCGCGAGCAGUACACGGUGGUGUGGACGGAGGGCCCGCUGGGCAUGAUCUUGCGCCCCGAUGACGACGACUGCCACGUGCCGUGCAUCCGCAAGAUCACGGGCAAGGGCGCCGGCACGGGCAUGGAGAGGGCCACGGUGGGGGACAUCCUCGUCGCCGUCAACGGCCAGGAGACCAAGUCGCUGGGCUUCCGCAGCACCAUUUCGCUGCUCAAGACCAUCCGCAAGCCGGCGGUGCUCAAGUUCAAGCGCAUGGGGCGCCGCCUCUCGCGCAAGAGGUCUUCGCAGGAGUCCCCUGGUGGCAGUCGCAGCGUGAGCGGCAUCCCCAGCGACAUUGGAUCGUAUGACAUCGUGUGGCGCGAGGGAGACCUGGGGCUCAAGUUGAAGCCAGGAUACCGCGAUGUCCCGGUGCUUAGUAAGCUGACAGGAAAGGGCAACGCCAGCGGACUGCAGAACGCACAGGUGGGCGAUGAGCUCGUGUCGGUGAAUGGCACGCUGGUGGAGGGCGAGGCGUACCAGGACACGCUGCGCAUGCUCAAGCACUCGCCGAAGCCUGCCGUGCUGCGCUUCCGCCCGGGCAAGAGCCGCCGUGAGUCGAUGAUGUCGGUGGCAUCGGUGACGUCGGUGCGAUCCAACCCCGGCACGCAGCGUGAAGUCAGAAAGGUAUCGAGCCGCCAGCAUGUGCCUCUGUACGAUAGCGGCCCCGAGCCGGUGGGACCGCCGCCGCCUAUCCGAACCGAACGCGUUAGCCGAUCUGACCGAGAACGUGAACGCUCGGACCGCGACCGCUCCGACCGCGAGAGGCAAAAGCGGAAAAAGCGUAUCCCGCUGGACGUGGCACGCGAGCUGGUGGCAGCGUCGCAGGGAUCGGACUUGGACCACGCAAUCUUUGCUGGUAUUCCUAUUACUGCUAUUGAGGAAGGAUCGAAAGAGGCGCACCUGCUGCGAGUUCAGGCGAAGCUGUGCAUUUCGAACCAGGCGAAGACGGAGCGCACGACGCCAGCCAAGGAGGCGCUGUCGCGUGCCGAACAGGAGGCAAAGGUGCUCCAGGAGGCGCUUGAGAAGGUGAAGAGCCAAGCGAAGAAGUAUGAAGAGAUUCUCGAAGCGCAGUCACGCGAGCGUGUGCUGGCGUUGGCUGUGCGGCACAAGCCCGAAGAGGUGGUGAAGCGUCAGAACAACGUGAUCCACGAGCUGGCUGGUGUGAUUUCAGGAUUUAAGCGCGAUUCCUACACCGACGUAGACAUCGUGCCUCCUGUGAUCGAGGACAACGAGCACGUGCAGAAGAUUAUGGACGAUUUGCAGAACGUGAUGAGUAUUCCUGUGGUCGUCCCCACCGCCAAGUUCUGUGCUGAGUGCGGUGCUACGGAGAACGAGUCGAAGCUGGACAUGGAUGACGAUGGAGAGUAUUACUGCAAGGACUGCUGGGACAAAUUCCUCAAUCUGUCUGGAUCUACUCCGGCCGACGAGAAUGCUGCCCCUGCAUCAGUUAAGGUUGCAGAGCCGCCGGCACCUGUGGAGGUCGCCCCGCCCGCUCCCGCUCCCACCCCUGCUCCCGCCCCAGUGCAGGCUGAAGACGAGGAAGCUCCGUCAAGGCCUAUGAGUCGCAUGGCCAUUGAAGACCGCGAGGCUGAAGAGCAGAAGGCGCGCAUUGAAGCUGAGCGCAAGCUGAUGGAGAUCAAGGAGCUUCGUCGCUCAGGAUCAAUGAUGCCUGAGCGGACGUUGCACAAGAACAACGCAGAGCGCUCACGUCGCGAGCGCCGUGGGUUGGAGGAACUUGCGCAGGCAUUGUUCGAAGAAGAAGAGCGCGCACGCGCGGAGGGUAAUGUGGGCCUGGCGAAGAAGCUUAGUGCCCAGCGCGCUCGUACUAUGGCUGAGGCGGCUGGCGAAAGCGCGCACCCUGACAUGUCCCCGUUCUCGUCAAUGGGUAAUUUGCUGGCUAACUGCGACUCUGAGUCAAGAAACGGAUAUGGCAGUCCUACCAAAUCGAAGUCGGCAUCUCCGAGUAUCGAUACGCCGUUGGCAUUGAGCCGCUCGGUGAGCGCGGACUCGUGUUUGCCUCCGCCUGUGCCAGUCUCGGUGUCGCCUCUCACUUCGCCGGAGCCAGCACCGUCUCCUGUUGCUGCGCAUCACCAUGAAUUGGCAGCAGCAGCGGCGGCAGGAGCAGCGGCAACGGCAGCAACAGCUGUGGCCAUGGAUGCCCCGGGCUCGCCAACUGCGACUACCGAGGCUACUGCAUCUUCGUCUGGUGGCAACGACUACGCUGAUGUGAAUUCGGAUGAGGAGGCUGAGGACCAGAUGCACAUGAGCGACGAGGAGGACGUGCUGCGUGAAGUCGAGGAGAAGAACUUCGCUCUGGCGCGGCAGCUGGACGAGGCUCACAGCGUCAUCGAGCGUGCGCGUAUGUCUAUUAGCAUGAUCGGGGACGACGACGACGACGACGCCAACGAUGACGACGGCCUGAGCGAGGAGCAGAUUAGUUUAUUUAAGAAACUAACGAGUCAGGCGGAGGAGCGCAUGUCCAUGGUGGACCGCCUGCACCCGCAGGACGACGACUCGGAUUCGGACUCAGACUCGGACUCGGAAGAGGAGGAAGAGGAAGACGAAGGCGUGUGGAUCUAAUCCCUUCAAGUAGUAGCAGCAGCAGCGGCGGCGUCGGUGGCCAUUAUCCCCGCGAACGCGUGCGCUAGCAAACGGGAGGACGGAC